GCUAGAUUGGAGGUUAAUUAUGGGCCCAAUGCUAAUGGAACUUGCACCCGUUUGGGUUAGUUUUGUACUCUUGCAGCCAAUGGGCCACCCAUACUUUGGUUACGUGAAUAAAACGAUACGGCACCUACCAUUGCAAUUUAAAGACUUGGAAGUGUACACUAAGCCAUGCUUGUGUCCCUUCUAAGCUACAAGGAUCUCUCUUCUCCAUCUCUCUGUUGUCUCUCUUCCAUCUCACUGUUUCGAGGAUGAAGAAGAUGAAUUUGCUACUAAGGAAGUGCAGGAGCCUCUCAAGGCUAGGGAGGUCUUCAUCUUAUAGCAGUCUGAGGUCCAAAUCCACUAGAGAUGAGGACUUGUGGGAAGGUGUCACGAUCAAUGAAGAUGAGGUGGUGGUGUUCGUGGGGAGCUCGAGGAGGCGGUACAUGAUAAGCUCGAAGCACUUGAGCCACCCGCUAAUGAGCACGAUCAUCGACCGAUCGAAGCAUAAUGCCAAGGACAAGAUAGCAGUCAAAUGCGAAGUCGUGCUCUUCGACCACCUCUUGUGGAUGUUGGAGAAUGCUGAUCCGGAGAUGGUCGGAGAUGGUGCUUCAUUGGAGGAAUUAGCUCAGCUAUAUGUGUAUUGAGAUCCAAGAUUAUUACGAGCAGAUAUAUUAAUUAAUUGUUUAACAUGUUAUGUAUUCUAACUUGUGAGAAUCACUGUUGUGGUGAUUCUAUCAGUUGGGGUCAACAUUUGUUCAUGGAUUGCGUAUUGAAUUUGGUAGCAGCAUUGCCAUUGGCAAUAUAAUUUAUGAAAUAAAACUAUGAAGCCUGGCCUUCAUAUUAGUUUUUUA